GUUUGUUAUGCACGUGUGUUAGACUACCGACGGAAGUUCAUUGAAGCAGCUCAAAGAUACAUCGAUUUGUCCUACAGAACAGCCAUCCAUGAAGAGGAGCGCAUGACUGCACUCAAACAUGCACUGAUAUGCACUGUACUUGCAUCGGCAGGUCAACAAAGGUCAAGGAUGCUUGCAAACUUAUUCAAGGAUGAGCGUUGUCAGCACCUCCCAGCUUAUGGCAUACUUGAAAAAAUGUAUUUAGACAGAAUAAUUCGUGGUCCAGAGCUGCAGGAGUUUGCUACAAUGCUAUUGCCUCAUCAUAAAGCAACAAUUGCUGAUGGUUCAACCAUACUCGACCGUGCCGUAAURGAACAUAACUUGCUGUCAGCAAGUAAGCUUUACAAUAACAUUGAGAUCAGAGAGCUGGGAGCAUUGCUGGAAAUAUCCGCGUCAAAGGCAGAACGCAUUGCUUCUCAGAUGAUAACAGAGGGUCGUCUAACGGGCUCAAUAGAUCAGAUUGAUGGCUUUGUCCACUUUGAAGCACAAGAACCAUUACCAGCCUGGGAUAAACAAAUCCAAGGACUUUGUGUCCAAGUCAACAAUAUCAUUGAAAAGAUCAAGCACAAUGCGCCUGACUGGGCRAACAAAUACACAGAAUCACAGAUGCACUCUUAACCCUAGUCCUUGGUCGCUCUUAAUAAGCUAGCUUUAUUCCAUGGUUAGAUGACUACAUUGUUUAUUCGGCCGCCUUUUGGGCGCAAAAGUGUACAAGCCAACGCAGCGGUUUUUUUCUUUACAACAAAGGAUUACUCAAAGGUUGUCAGCUAUAUGUGAAUAUCUGCUGUUAUUGCUAUMUAAUAAAUAUUUGAAACUGUC